UUACGAAGCCUUUCGAUCACCAAUUGCUUCUCGUCAGAACCAGCAACCAUUCCAGUUCAUGAAUGGAACAAGCUUUCUUCAACCUUAGAAACCCUAGAGUUUCGAUCCAACAAAGGACUCACCGGUGAGAUUCCUCCUGUUCUCGGCCAGCUAGUGAACCUUCAAUCACUAGUACUUACCGAAAACUCUUUAAGUGGAGAGAUUCCUCAGGAGCUUGGAAAUCUGGUGAGUUUAAAACGAUUAAUGCUUUCAGGAAAUCAGCUGUCGGGGAAAGUUUCGGUUUCUAUAGGAGCCAAGAUGGCUGAGCUCUUGAUCAUGGAUGAGCUCUUGAUCAUGGACAUCAGCAGUAAUUCUCUAUCGGGUCCUCUGCACGCAUCUUUUGUCGGUCUAUCUUCGCUGUUGAAACUUGAUUUGAGCAACAAUCAAGUAAGUGGAAGUCUGCCACCCGAUCUUUGGAACCUCAAGAAUCUCACAAUUCUAGAUCUCAGAAACAAUAAUCUCACCGGCGGUCUGGUUCCAUCCCUUCAAGGAAUGGCUGCUCUGGAAGAUCUGGUUCUCUCAAAUAACCCAUUGGGCGGAAAUCUAAGAGAAUUUGGUUGGAGAAAUCUGAAAAACCUAACUCACUUGGAUCUCUCCAAUACAGGACUUGUUGGUGAGAUCCCAGAUAGUAUCACAGAGUUGAAGAAAUUAAGAUUCCUUGCAUUGGACAACAAUCAGCUCUCCGGUUCCGUCUCCCCGAAGCUUGCAUCCAUGCCCUGUCUUACGGCUUUGUAUCUUAAUAGAAAUAAUCUCACAGGUGAGCUUGAAUUCCCUGGGGAUUUCUAUAGGAGGAUGGGGAAGAGAUUUGCCUGUUGGAAAAACCCUAAACUCUGUUACAGAUUGGGAGCUGGAAACGCAACAGGGGAAGGUCCAGCUGGUGUGGAUAGAUGCAUGAAUGAAGUAGAGAGAGUUGUGUAUGGUCUGGAUUUAGGGAACAUGAUGGGCAGGGAGGAAACAGUUGGGGGCUCCUUAGGGUUCUCAGCUUAUUAUUCCAUUGGUAGGUUUCUAUGGCUAACUUUGAUGGAGGUUGUGGUCAUCCUUUUUCUUCUUUCUUUAAUGUAAUUCAUGGAGAAUAGAGUUUUUAUAUAACACACCAAAUUGAUGUUUUUUAACAAUGUCAAUCUUGUGUUUGAACCUUAUUUUUAGGAUUGUUUAU